GGAGCCCACUUGGGCAUACCUUUGGGACAAUGUCUCGGAGAUGUCGGGCGAUCCAAAGAUCAUGUACAUGCAGUACACUGCGGAGUUGGACACUCUUACCGCUGAGCAGGUGGAAUGGGAGCCAUAUGGUAGCUACUACCGUAUUGGCGCGUCGAUGACUGACCUCAACCACAAGUGCACGGAGGAGGCGCGGUUCUGGCGUAUGCGCUGCCCACUCAUAUGCAUGUGGCUUGUUGAACACCACCAGCCGCAAAGAGUGAUGAGACAGUUUGGGCUGUAUCAGGAGUGCCCACCAGUGUGGCAAGACACGGACAAGGCGCUUCAUAGGCUUGAUAGGCAGCGGCAGAGGAAGAUCACAAAUUGGCCAGUCCAUCAUAGCGGCCACAUCGCAGCGUUCCAACAGUGUUUGGCAGCGGCACGGAAUGCUGGCCCUGAGCAGAUUGUGCCUCACGACUUCGCCGCUUUCAACAACUACCUCGAGUGGUUCCAUGAGAACACGCGUAUCGAGUUAGUUAAGCACGCGUAUCCUGAGGAGAUCUUGGACGACCCCAUCCAGUUCGAUGAGGUUGGGCAAAGCCAGCACGACAGAUUUGCUCGCAGAGGGAGAUCGACUUCUAUUGCUUCCGAGCUGAACUUCGUGCGGAAGGAGAUCGAAAAAACAGCUGAGGAGUGCGAGGUUAUGUGGGAGCAGAGCGGGAGAGAUGACAAGCCUGUCCGACCGUUGCGGUAUUUCAUUAAGAACACUGCACGAAAGAUGCGGCGGUUAGCCAGCUUGCUAGGUUGCCGGGAAGCCGAAAUCGCUACAUCUUCCUCUUCAGAAGAGCGGGAGGUAUGGACUAUUUUGUUGCUGUCAAACAUGUUCUUACUAAUUUCAACUUUGUAAUCUCAUGUGUUCGUGUCUGUGAAGAUUCCUGAG